AUGUGUCACAUACCUGGUUUGCCCGGGCUCUAUCCUGUCGGAACAUACGAGGUGCUUUUGGGAGUGGUUUACUUAGUGCUGGGGUCGUUAGUUGUCCUCCGCACAGCAUACUGCAUUAGAACACGAAGCCUCGAGCGCCAGGUUCAGGUGAUGUCGACCAACACCUUGAGUGAGGAUGAACUGAGGAAUGAUGAGACGAGCAGUAUUGGAAGUGGAGAUUCCGUAUUGGUGGGCGUGGAAGACAAUCCUGAAUUCAAGAACUACAUCAACCGCCGAGCCGACGCUCCGGCCCCGUCUGAAUGCGCAUCGGGCGCGCGUUCCAUCGACCAGGUCUCGGCGCCCGCAGCCUUCACCGAAACGACCAGAUCCAACCCGCUGCUCGACAUGGGCGAAGUGGAAGACCGCGACCUUUCGGAAGCGCUGAGGGACUUCGAGGUGACCAUCCGCCGAUCGUCCUGCGAAUCGGAGGGGUCUUUCGGCCAUGACAACCCUAACUUCACCUUCGGGAAAUGAGGACCGUUCUCCCUCCGUGUGGAUAUUAUGAGGGGUAGACUGUGCUUCCUCUUUUAUUCAUGUAUAUGUGGUAAUUAGGCAUUGAAUUUGAUAUGAAUAACACAGAGACACGCCUUCAUGUACAUAUAUGCGCGCUCAAAUACACGUACACACACACACACACACACACACACACACACACACACACACACACUUCUCUCUCUCUCUCUCUCUCUCU